GCGCGCGGCCGUCAAUGGCAAUGAGUUGUGCACGUCACCUGUCUCUAAUAUGUAGCUAGAAACGCAAACACGGCUCGAAAUUCUCCUCAGAUUCGGCCUUUUUACCCAACAAUCGGAUCUCACUUAUCUUUUCAUUGAGCCGAAGUGAAACGGGAUGUCAGAAAUGUUCGCUCAAGCUCGCAAACCCAACCGAGAGCCAUUGAGGGCAGAAGUGACCGUGUGAAUUAAACGGCAUUAGCUAGCCAGAUAGCUGGGGUUACCUUCGAAACGAGCUAAUAUCAUCCACGGUCAAAAUAUUUAGAUGUUCAGUGAGUGGCUUCUGGAUAAGAAAGCCAAAUACAACAGUCGCCUGGAACGUGGCGUCUUCUGGAGGACAAAUUUCAACCUGAGAAACAGAAAAGUGGUCUGAGACCCUAUCACAAAGUGGACAAAAACAGACAGUGGCCUGAGCCAUGGGGGCGUUUUUGGACAAGCCCAAAACGGAGAAGCACAAUGCUCAUGGGGAAGGGAACGGCCUGCGUUUUGGCCUCAGCAGCAUGCAGGGCUGGAGAGUGGAGAUGGAGGAUGCACACACUGCAGCUGUAGGCCUGCCACAUGGUCUGGAUGACUGGUCCUUCUUCGCGGUCUACGACGGUCAUGCCGGCUCAAGUGUUGCUAACUACUGCUCCAAGCACCUGUUGGAACAUAUCGUUGCCGCGGGGUCGGCAGAUGAACUACGGAGGGCUGGAGCUUCAGCACCCGAAAUGCCAACAAUAGAGGCAGUGAAGAGGGGAAUCCGCACCGGCUUCCUGAGAAUUGACGAGCACAUGCGCAGCUUCACGGAUCUGCGGAAUGGUAUGGACCGCAGCGGCUCCACCGCAGUAGCUGUGCUGCUUUCUCCAGAACAUCUGUAUUUCAUUAACUGUGGGGACUCACGGGCCCUUCUCUGCCGCAACGCGCAUGUCUGCUUCUCCACAAUGGACCACAAGCCCUGCGACCCACGGGAGAAGGAACGCAUCCAGAACGCUGGUGGCUCGGUGAUGAUUCAGCGGGUGAAUGGGUCGCUGGCUGUAUCCAGAGCACUAGGUGAUUAUGACUACAAGUGUGUGGAGGGCAAAGGCCCUACAGAGCAGCUUGUGUCACCAGAGCCUGAAGUAUUCGAGAUUGCUCGGUCAGACACGGAGGAUGAAUUUGUGGUGCUGGCAUGCGAUGGUAUCUGGGAUGUGAUGAGCAAUGAGGAGCUGUGUGCCUUUGUGCGAUCAAGGCUGGAGGUGAACGAUGACCUGGAGAGAGUGUGCAAUGAGGUUGUUGAUACUUGUCUACAUAAGGGAAGUCGAGAUAAUAUGAGUAUUGUAUUAGUCUGUUUGCAAAGUGCACCCCAGGUGUCAGAGGAGGCGGUAAAGAGAGAUGCUGAUUUGGACAAGUACCUUGAGUCACAUGUAGAAGAAAUCAUGGAGAAAGCAGGGGAAGAAUGCGUGCCUGAGCUGGCACAUGUAAUGAGCAGCCUUUCCCAAGAGAGUAUCCCUAACCUCCCACCAGGGGGUGGCCUUGCCAGCAAGCACAGUGUUAUUGAAGCAGUGUACAACCGGUUGAACCCCCAAAGAGAAGAGGAUGGUAGUGGUGCUGACCUUGAGGACCCAUGGUAGUUGUCGCACCUAAGGGAAGAGCCCUUUUCUGCACAAGCCCUUGGUCAUGUUUCUUCCGUUCCAAUGAAACCAAGAGACUCAACGGACAGUCUUUCGAGAGUCACAACACAAUGGACAAACAGUACAACCAAAAGCAUAACAAACACUUUUUUGCCAGUACAUGAGGGAAAGAAUAGAGUUCCAGUUUUAAAAACUCACAACAUGAAUAACAAAAUACACAUCAUACAAUAAAAAAAAAUGUUCUUGCUUUUUUCGUGGUGGCUGUGGGUGUUCAUUUUGAAACCGAGGAUGUUAUUUUGCGUGAUGGACCCAUGUACGUGCUGUGGUGCCUUUUCCAUAUGGCUGCUAAUUAGAAUGACUUUUGCCCUGAGCCCAGGAUACAAUGCAUAAACUUGGCCAUGUAAGACCAUUGCAGCCCCUGGUACAGGGAUACGGAUCAUCACUGGGUUUAAUUAAGGACAUUUUUGACUCAUGAAUGCAUGUGGAACAUGUUUUAAAGAUUUGCUUGAAGCUUGUUGGCUUUUUGCACCUUUCUCCCCAGCCCCAUGUGCUGACAGACCUUUAGGUGAAACCUUGGACUGAACUCUGCUUCAUUUUGCAGGUGAUCACUUGAUUGGUUUUCAAAAGCUUUUUAAUCCUGCUGUUUCAGAGAAUAUAGAAUAUAUAAAGAUAAAUAUAUAUAAAUUCAUACACAUAUAUAUUUUUUAUUUUUCCCAAGUUAGAUGUUCUUUGUGGCAUAACGUUUGAGAAGCAGUAGAGUUUUGUUGGUGGUGACCGAUGAGUGUGCCACAUUGUGUGAAUUUUAGACACACUGAGAUUGUUCAAGUUAUGUACUUGUGUAACCCAGCCGCCCAGGAAUUGUUGGUGUUUUUGGCUAAAAGGGAUUGUAACUGCCCACCAAAGCAACGCAGCUUUUCUCAGCUCCCCUAUGUAUUAUAUCUCUCAAUCAACUCUCAUUAUCAGCCUUCACUUUCACAAAGCAGAUUUUAACUUGCAGCAAACUGCCUUUUUUUUUCUUCAGAGUAUAUUGUAAAGUGGUGUUUUUGUUUUGGUUAGCUGAACAUGAGAAUACAAGUGUUCAUGAAUUUAAGGAUUAUUUUCUGAUUCAUCAUACAAGUGUAAUGUUGGUUUUGCUCAAAUAUAUUUUCAGCAGUCAAUGAUGAUACUCAAUGGCCUCGACACUUGAAAGGUGACAUUGAGCAGAACAAUAAAGACAAAGAAAAAAGCA